CGCCCGAAUUGCAUAUAGCAUCCAUUGCGAGAGACGGCACGCGUCAGACAGCCACGGUGGAGCGCGCGGUGAACCUUGACAGUGGUUUUAAACCUUGUUUUAACUGUUUUUAAAGCGAUUUUAUCGUCGGUGUAUUACACUUUAGGUAGCUGUUUAUGAUGCCAUCCAGGACGUCCCUGUCUUUGCCGGAAGAUGUCAGGAAAAGGCUGCAGAAGCUGGAUGAAGAUGGAUCAUCAGAUGAACAUCAUGUGAAAGAGAAACUCAAGCUGGUGCAGGACUUCCUGCAUGUUGAUGCUCAGGACCAGCUGACCAGCCUGGAGGAAAAAAUGAAAAGCUCAGAGAUCUCAAUGGAGGUCUACAUCUCCAAAGUGAAAGCUUUGCUGGGAAAAGAGCUUCCUCUUGAGAAUGGCGUGGAGCAAAAUGGAAGGGCCAAUGGCUUUUCUAAUGGCUCGCAUGACGAUGAGACCAUGGGCGUUCAGGAGGAAGAGGAAGCUGUCAAGUCUCCGACUGCCGCCAAAGGGAAGGGCGGGCGCAGGAGCAAAUCUAAUUCUGACACAAAGAAGUCUCCAGCCAGCAGCAGAGUCACUCGAAAUAGUGGAAAACAGCCAACCAUCAUGUCGAUGUUUUCCCGAGUUCAGAAGCGCAAGUCUGAGGACUUAAAUGGAGAGGCUGUCAACGGAGUGAGUGACGUGAAGAACGAGGAUGACAUUGAAGAGUCUCGUGAGGAGAAGCGUCUCAAAGUGGAGCCCGAUGAAAAAGCUGCUCCUGAGGAAAUCAAGACUGAAGUCAGUAAACCAGUUCCUGAUGCAAAGACACCGCCUCCCAAAUGUCCAGACUGCAGGCAGUAUUUGGAUGACUCAGAUCUCAAGUUCUUUCAAGGAGAUCCCGAUAAUGCGCUGGAUGAGCCGGAAAUGUUGACAGACGAGCGGCUGUCCUUGUUCGACUCCAAUGAGGAUGGCUUUGAGAGCUACGAGGAGCUGCCUCAGCAUAAGAUCACAAACUUCAGUGUGUACGACAAGCGGGGCCAUCUUUGUCCUUUUGACGCUGGACUGAUCGAGAAGAACGUGGAGCUGUACUUCAGCUGUGUGGUCAAACCCAUUUAUGACGACAACCCCUGCCUGGAUGGUGGCGUUCCCGCCAAGAAGCUUGGACCCAUUAAUGCCUGGUGGAUCACUGGCUUUGACGGUGGAGAAAAGGCUCUGAUUGGUUUCACUACUGCUUUUGCUGAUUACAUCCUGAUGCAUCCCAGUGAGGAGUACGCCCCCAUCUUCGCUCUGAUGCAGGAGAAGAUCUACAUGAGCAAGAUUGUCGUGGAGUUCCUUCAGAAAAAUCCUGACGCCACAUAUGAAGACCUUCUCAACAAAAUCGAGACCACCGUGCCUCCCGCGGGGCUGAACUUCAACUGCUUCACCGAGGACACGCUGCUGCGCCACGCCCAGUUUGUGGUGGAGCAGGUGGAGAGCUACGACGAGGCCGGCGACUCCGACGAGCAGCCGAUCAUCGUGACUCCCUGCAUGAGAGACCUGAUCAAGCUCGCUGGAGUCACUCUGGGGAAGAGCAUGCUGCUGUACUGGCGAGCUGCCAGACGACAGGCUAUUCGCCACCCGACGAAGAUAGAGAAGGACAGCAAGGGGCCGACGAAAGCCACCACCACCACGCUGGUCUACCAGAUCUUUGAUACCUUCUUCUCCGAUCAGAUUGAGCAGAACGACAAAGAUGGCGGAGCCAAACGACAGCGCUGCGGCGUCUGCGAGGUUUGCCAGUCUCCCGACUGUGGCAAGUGUGUCGCUUGCAAAGACAUGAUCAAAUUUGGAGGAAGUGGCAAAAGCAAGCAGGCUUGUAAGCAGAGAAGGUGUCCAAACCUCGCAGUGAAGGAGGCGGAGGACGACGAGACCAUCGAGGAAGAAGAUGUUCCAGUGGAGAAGAGCAAGAAGGUUUCUCAUGCCAAGAGGAAGAAGCAAACCCAGUGCAAACUGUCAUGGAUCGGUGAACCCAUUCAGACGGAGGGUAAGAAGCAAUACUACAAGAAGGUGUCUGUGAACGACGAGGUGCUGGAGGUGGGAGACUGCGUCUCAGUUUCAUCGGAGGAUCCGUCCAUCCCGCUCUACCUGGCGAGAAUUGCGUCUCUUUGGGAGGACAACAACGGGAAGAUGUUCCACGCCCACUGGUUCCUUCGCGGGAUUCACACCGUUCUCGGAGAGUCCUCCGAUCCGCUCGAGCUCGUCAUCGUCGACGAGUGUGAAGACAUGCUGCUCAACUACGUCCAGGGCAAAGUGGAUGUCAUGUACAAGGCGCCGUCGAACAACUGGUUUAUGGAGGGUGGCAUGGAUGUUGAAAUCAAAGUGAUCGAGGAUGAUGGGAAAAGUUUCUUCUAUCAGUUCUGGUAUGACACGGAGUUUGCCCGAUUCGAGACGCCUCCCAAGACGUCUCCUACAGACGAGAACAUGUUCAGGUUCUGUGGCAGCUGUGUUCGGACAAAAGAGCGAGAGGAACAGGAAGUCCCUCGUGUGUCUGAACCCCUGGAUCAGAAAGAUGAAGACAACAAAGCUCUGUAUGCUUCGGCUUUCUUCAAGGGGAAGCAGUUCAAGGUGGGAGACGGCGUCUACCUGCCUCCUGAAGCUUUUAACUUCGGUGUGAAGCCAGCCAGCCCACAGAAACGCUCCCACCGGAAGGAGGAUGUGGACGAGGACCUGUAUCCAGAAUAUUACAGGAAGUCUUCAGACUACAUCAAGGGCUCCAACCUGGACGCUCCGGAGCCGUUCCGGGUGGCUCGCAUCAAGGAGAUCUUCUGUCACAGGCGGAGCAACAACAAACCAGACAACUCGGAGGUCAAACUGCGACUCUACAAGUUCUACAGGCCCGAGAACACCCACAAAGGUGUCAAAGCCAGCUACCACACAGACAUCAAUCAGCUGUACUGGAGCGACGAGGAGGUGACGGUCAGCAUGACCGAGGUGCUCGGCCGCUGUCAGGUCGAAUACGCCGAAGAUCUGAAUGAAUCCAUCCAGGAGUACUCCAGUGGUGGACCAGACCGCUUCUAUUUCCUGGAGGCUUAUAAUGCAAAAUCCAAAAGUUUUGAGGAUCCUCCCAAUCAUGCUCGCUCAGCCGUUCACAAGGGGAAAGGAAAGGGCAAAGGAAAAGGUAAAGGAAAGGGAAAAGUGGCUGCACAGGAAACACAGGACUCUAAUGUGGACCAACAAGCUCCCAAAGUGGCUAAAUACCGAACGCUGGACGUGUUCUCCGGUUGUGGCGGUCUCUCUGAAGGCUUCCACCAGGCUGGGAUCUCCGAGACUCUCUGGGCCAUCGAGAUGUGGGAGCCGGCGGCCCAGGCCUUCAGACUCAACAACCCCGGCACCACGGUGUUCACGGAGGACUGCAACGUCCUGCUGAAGCUGGUCAUGUCCGGAGAGAAGACCAACUCCCUGGGGCAGAAGCUGCCGCAGAAGGGCGACGUGGAGAUGCUGUGCGGCGGCCCGCCCUGUCAGGGCUUCAGUGGGAUGAACCGCUUCAACUCCCGCACUUAUUCCAAGUUCAAGAACUCCCUGGUGGUCUCCUAUCUCAGUUACUGCGAUUACUACAGACCGAAGUUCUUCCUGCUGGAGAACGUGAGGAACUUUGUCUCCUUUAAGAAGUCCAUGGUCCUGAAGCUGACUUUGCGCUGCCUGGUGCGGAUGGGCUACCAGUGCACGUUCGGAGUCCUUCAGGCCGGGCAGUACGGCGUUGCGCAGACCCGCCGCAGGGCCAUCAUCCUGGCCGCCGCGCCGGGAGAGAAGCUGCCUCACUAUCCCGAGCCGCUGCACGUGUUCGCUCCCCGCGCCUGCUCUCUGAGCGUGGUGGUGGACGAGAGGAAAUACGUCAGCAAUGUCACGAGAGGCAACGGCGGAAUCUACCGCACCAUCACAGUCAGGGACACCAUGUCUGAUCUGCCCGAGAUUCGCAACGGCGCGGCCGCUCUGGAGAUCUCCUACAACGGGGAGCCUCAGUCCUGGUUCCAGAGGCAGAUACGAGGCACGCAGUAUCAGCCCAUCCUCAAAGAUCACAUCUGCAAGGACAUGAGCGCGCUGGUGGAGGGCCGAAUGCGUCACAUCCCGCUGGCUCCGGGUUCCGACUGGAGAGACCUCCCCAACCUGGAGGUCCGCCUGAAAGACGGCACCAUGACCAAGAAGCUGCGCUACACUCACUCGGACAAGAAGAACGGGCGCAGCAGCACCGGUUCCCUCAGAGGCGUUUGUACUUGUGCCGAAGGGAAGCCCUGCGACCCGGCAGACAGACAGUUCAACACCCUGAUCCCCUGGUGUCUGCCGCACACCGGAAACCGCCACAACCACUGGGCGGGACUCUACGGCAGGUUGGAGUGGGACGGCUUCUUCAGCACAACGGUCACUAAUCCCGAGCCCAUGGGCAAACAGGGCCGCGUGCUGCAUCCCGAGCAGCACCGAGUGGUCAGCGUGAGGGAGUGUGCACGCUCUCAGGGAUUCCCCGACACCUAUCGCUUGUUCGGAAACAUCCUGGACAAACACAGACAGGUUGGAAAUGCCGUGCCGCCUCCGCUGUCCAGAGCCAUCGGCCUGGAGAUCAAGCAGUGCGUCCUGGAGCGCAUGAAGGAAGAACAAACAUCUGCAGAGAUCAAACUGGAUAUGAUGGAAGUUUCCGAUUAGUCGCUCUGUCCUACACUCGAGCAGGAAGAAUCUGCUGCGCAUCUUGAUAUUUGGAAAUAGUUGGAUUUUUUUUUUUUUUUGUAAAGUGACUUAUCUGGCCACUGUGGACAUUCGCUGUAGUGUCAUUCCAUGUUGAGUUUUAAAUGUGCUAUUAAUCAUUUUAAUGAAAUGUUCACCUAAUGUGUAUUAAAAUUGAAUGUAGUUUUUAUAUGUAAUAUUUCAAAUAAAGCUAUUAAAUCUCA